AUGGUCCUUCCUCGCGUAGAGAGAUCCUCAGGGUCGGGUUUUCGAAGAAACCCCGGCCUCCUCUUCGCUCUCUGGAGCUGCUCCUCCCAUCCUCUCCAGGACUCACUCUGUCUCAGCCAGGGCCCUCCGAGCCUGUCUCAUCAUCUGGCUCCUAUUCCCGAGUCGUCCUCGAGGGUGGAAGACGCGGCUGCCCUGCAGCCUAGGUCCUCGGUCGCGUGGAACCUGGGCUCGCCUUUGGGUAAUUCGGCCGCCGCCCAGACGACCGCCAGUUCCGGCAUCACCCCGGCCAGGGCCUUCCGGCACAAUAGGCUUAGCACCUACACCAAAAUCAACGUAGGGACCCACCCGAAGAUCUGCUUCCUGUGGCCGCGGACGGCAAAGCAGCCGGUGCUGUUCAGCUUAAUGAACUCCAAUGAAGCAGCAAUGAAAAAAUGUUUACCCAACAGCAACUUACCCCGGGUGAUUUUUCAUGACAAUCCCAGGAUACAGCGAGUCUAUGAGAUGGAGAUGAGAACUGCAGACAAGAUCCAGAGAAAGAUGAGCCACUUCUAUGACCACCUGAAGAAAAAGUUCAUGACCGACCAGCUCAGAAAGCUGGAGCUCUGGAGACAGGGAUCCAUUAGCAUCCAGCAGUGCCUGGUUAGCAUCCGAGGGCACAAGGUCCAACCUCUACCCUCCCAGGAAGAACCAGCCACCCUAGUCAAGGCAGAGUAAUCUGUCCCUGAGCCAUGACGACACUAGACUACAGGAAGAAGAAAGGUAGAAACUAGCCACCUAGACCAUGACAGAGCCACAAUAAACUAACACCAGCAGACAGUGGACCACCAAAA